AUGUUUCAACUUGAUAUAAAUAAUGCAUUUUUGCAUGGGGACUUGGAUGAGGAGGUCUACAUGAAAUUGCCCCCUGGUUUGUCUGCUGGGAGUGUUGCUUCAUAUGGUCAGUAUUCUAAUUUUAUUUGUCAUAUUCAGAAAUCUUUUUAUGGUUUGAGGCAGGCAUCUAGGCAUUGGUAUGCCAAGCUGUCUCAUGCUUUGUGUUCUAGGGGUUAUUUCCAUUAUUUGAAUGACUAUUCCCUUUUCAUCAGAAGAUCAGGUGGUUCCAUUGUCCUCCUUGUCGUUUAUGUGGAUGAUAUAAUACUUACUAGUGAUGAUUUGGAAGAAAUCUCUGCUUUGAAACUCUUCUUGGACAAUCAGUUCAAAAUCAAGGAUCUGGGUGUUCUUAACUCCUUUCUUGACAUAGAUGUGGCAUAUCUUCCUUCUGGGCUAUUACUACAUCAAAGCAAGUUUAUCAGAGAUCUACUUCAUGAAAAUAAUUGUGAAUUGUUGUCUCAUGUGACUUGUCCUUUGGAUUUGAACUCUAAAUUGAAGGUUGCCAUGGGUGAUCCUCUACCUUCUCCUGACACUUAUAGAAGCUUGGUGGGGAAGUUGAACUUUUUGACUCACACAAGGAAGGCUGCUAUGCAUUUACUUCGAUACCUCAAAGGUACUUCUGAUGUUAGGAUGUUUUAUGGCAAUUCUCCAUCUCUUUCUUUAUCUGCCUUCUGUGAUAGUGACUGCGAUGCUUGCCCAGACACUCGAAGAUCAGCCACUGAGUUUUGUAUUCUUUUGGGGAUUCACAUUAGUUGGAAGGCUAAGAAGCAACCAGUUGUCUCCCUUUCUUCCGCUGAGGCUAAGUACCGAGCUAUUAGUAAGGUGGUUGCGGAGUUGACUUGGGUUGUUCAAAUUUUAUCUGAUUUUGAUGUUGAUGUAUCUUCUGUUGUGCUAGUUUUUUGUGACAACCAAGCGGCCAUUCAUAUUGCGAAGAAUCUUAUUUUUCAUGAGCGGACGAAGCACAUUGAAUUGGAUUGUCAUUUCGUUCGGAAUAAACUUAGUAAUGGACUAAUCUCCUUGAAUCAUGUUCCUACCACUUCUUAG